CCCACCCUUUUUAUUCUCACACAAAUCUCAAUUUAACCCCUAACCUAAAUCAAUUCCCCCCCCCAAAAUCACAAUUCUCCCCCAAUCGAUGGAAGGGGUAUGCUGCGCGGCGGAGAAGAAGCCCUACCGGGGGAUUCGGAUGCGCAAGUGGGGGAAAUGGGUGGCGGAGAUCAGGGAGCCCAACAAGCGCUCCAGAAUCUGGCUGGGCUCCUACUCCUCCCCCGUCGCCGCCGCCCGCGCCUACGACACCGCCGUCUUCCUCCUCCGCGGCCCCACCGCCCGCCUCAACUUCCCCGACUGCGUCCCCGAGUACGGCCACCACGACCUCUCCGCCGCCGCCAUCAGGAAAAAGGCCACCGAGGUCGGCGCUCGAGUCGACGCGAUGCAGGCCGCCGCCCCGCCCCGCCCCGAUUUGAAUGAGUUUCCCACUCCUGAAUCAUCGGAGGAGAAUUGAUUUUUGCUAUCUGCUUUUCAUCUUUUCUUUUUCUUUUGUUUUUAGUUUUAAGAUUUAAACCAAAAAGAUGUAAAUCUAAUUAAUUAUAGACAAGGUAUUUUUAAUUUUAGUUUCUUGAUGAAAUUAAUUUAGUGAGUCGUGAUUUUGGUCGUUUUCUUA